CAACCCCCCAUGACUCUCCUCCUAUUAAACUUAAACCCCAUCUUUUCCCCUUCAACAAUCACUCCUCUCUGUCUCCAAUUUCUCCGGCUGACGGUGCUCCCUAGCCGGCGAACCGAGCGCGAAUCGGCUAAUGUUCAUCGGAAGCUUCUCAUAAGAGGAGGGGGUCCGAGGCUUCAAUUUUCGAGCAGGGCUCAUGGAUCGUCGGUUCUACACCAACCCCUUCGUGCAUGAUCAAGAAGAAGACCCCGAGCCCGAGCAAGGCCCCGAUUCGCCCUCCUCGGGGGACGACUCCAAGGUGAAUGCUAGCGAGCCGUCACAAAAGAGAAGUAGGAAGAGCGUGAAGAAGCGAGUGGUGUCGGUUCCGAUCGCGGGCGACCCCGAGGGAUCCAAGAGCAAAGGGGAGGCCUACCCGCCGUCCGAUUCGUGGGCGUGGAGGAAGUACGGCCAAAAGCCCAUCAAGGGCUCGCCUUACCCGAGGGGAUACUACCGAUGCAGUAGCUCCAAGGGCUGCCCCGCCAGAAAGCAAGUGGAGCGCAGCCGCCUGGACCCCACCACCCUCCUCGUCACCUACUCCUCCGACCACAACCAUGCCGUCCCUUCCUCCUCCUCCAAGAACCACCACCACCUCCGCGCCGCCGCCGUCAGCGACUCCUCCGCCUCCGCCUCCGCCUCAGCCUCCGCCGCCGACCCCGACGACUGCAUCUCCGCCAUGUUCGAGCCGGACGAGCUCGCGGGCUUCAUCGGCGGCGCCACUCUGCUCGACCCCGGGUUCGACUGGCUCGCCGACGUGGCUUCGACGUCGUCGUUCUUGCAGAGGCCCGUCUACGAGGGAGGCGGCGCGGAAGCGGCGCCUGUACAUAGGAUGAGGGAGGAGGAGGAGGGCGAGGAUCCGCUGUUCGCCGAUUUGGGGGAGUUGCCGGAGUGCUCCUUGGUUUUCCGGCGGACUAAGCUACUCGAACCGGAGGGAGAGAGCCGGAGGCGCGGUCUGAGCGCGGUUCCCUGUGUCGGCAAUGUAGUAUAGCUUAGGUUUUGCUCAUCCAAUCAAGCGGUUCUGUGUAUCAGUCCGACUCGGCGGGGGUCACGCGCCGCGAGAAGCAACACGGCGUCUCAUGCACCGACGAAUCUCUUUGUGGGACGUUGCUGCAGUGUCGUUUCAUCCCACCGGGUCGUCGCAACAAUUGUAAAACAGUAAAGAGCGUUGCCCCAUUUGAGGAGACGACGACAGAUGAGAAUGCUUUCGUCUUACCCUAGUACAGGCAGCCAAUAGUAUAUUCUUGUUCUUCUAUGUAGAAUUCUGGAUUUUGCUGUGACCGGCGAAACACUAGUUCAUGGUUUUUGAACUUG